CGCAUGCGUGUUACUAGGCAUUGUGGGAAUGACUGUGACGUCAUUAGACAUCCUCGCUGUGUUUUUCCUCGAAGUCUCGUUUGUUGAACUACUAACACUCGUUACAUGUGGCUCCCGUGGGACACUCUCUACGCGUCUCCGUAGUUACAGGGUUUAUUAAAUACGCUGUGUCGAUAUACAUGUAUGCGUUUUACACAUAAAAAUGUGUUAUCUGGCAGAUAUGGGGGGCAGGGUGGCGAGAGGCCGUCCUGUGUAAUAUCGCGAUAUUACAGAAUGGCUGGAUCUCACACCUUCGUCAAGCACCCUUUAAUUAAUAGCCUAUUUCUCCCCGCUCAUAAAUAAUCAUAAACGUAACCAAAACGGCUCAUACGGUUUUGAUAUCUCUGAGCUCCCCCCCCUCCGUGUUUCUCCUCACAUCGCUCCUUAACAAUUAUAAGAAGGGCAGCAGCGGGAGGAAGAGGAGGUGACUUAACAGGAAUGAGACGCAGCCUUUUCUUUUUUUCCCGACAUGCUUAGCGGCGGGCGAAGGGAAGCGUCCUCGGCCAUGUCGUGGUAGAAGACAGCGCUGCAGAGAGACGGACCGCGGCUUCAACACAGACCCGUGUUAUGUGGACUUAACCCCGCGGCUCUGACUCAAACACCGGCCCGCUCGUCUGACAGCCACUGACCCGCGUUUAGGCGUCCUCGCCCCCCCACGCAGAGCGACAUGAGCGGCGGAGGGACGCCGUACAUCGGCAGCAAGAUCAGCCUGAUCUCCAAGGCCGAGAUCCGCUACGAGGGCAUCCUGUACACCAUCGACACCGAGAACUCCACCGUGGCUCUGGCCAAAGUUCGCUCUUUUGGAACUGAAGACCGCCCCACUGAUAGGCCUGUUCCACCUCGGGAGGAAGUCUUUGAGUAUAUCAUCUUCAGAGGGAGCGAUAUCAAAGACCUUACAGUAUGUGAGCCACCCAAAGCCUCCCUGCCUCAGGACCCUGCUAUAGUUCAAUCGUCACUUGGAUCCUCCAAUGUGGCAGCAGGACCGUCAUUCCAGUCGGCCGGGUCCUAUGCCGCUCUCAGCAAGGCCCCUGUUCCACCAUACAGCCAGUUUGGUGUCACACCCCUUGCAGCUCAGCAGUUUGGUUCUGCUGGAGCCGGAGGGCGCAUCAGUCCCCAGCUGGACUCUUUAACAAAACGUCCCACCCUGGAGCAGGCGGUGAAGGCCCCACCGUCAGCUGCCCCGGCGCCACCCGCACCCGUGGGACAGAGGAGUCAGAUGGGGGCGGCAGCUCCCAGACCCAUCCACACCACCAUUGGCAGCCAGAAGCCCCCCGACCUCCUGGAGCAGAGAAAGGCUCCCGAGGUCCAGAAGGUGUCACAGCCGGAUCAUGAACAUGGCUAUCUUGAAAACCGAGAUCCCAACAAGCGUCACCUACUUGCUGGUGCUCAGCCCCCACGCCGUGGCCGCGGACGGGGACACCGCAGCAGAGGCAAAGUCAACGUGCGCAGGGACGGCGCCAUGACGUUCGAAGAAGACUUUGACUUUGAGACGGCCAACGCCCAGUUCAACAAAGAUGAGAUCGACAAAGAGCUCCAGAACAAGCUCAAACUGAAAGAUGACAAGAUUGAGAAGCCACAGAAUGGAGAAGAGCCUGCAGAGUCUGAACAUCCAGCCAACGAGGGGACCACCACCACCACCACAACCACCAGCAGCACCACCAACGAGGAGGAGGAGGCUGUGAUAAACACCUACUAUGACAAGACCAAGUCCUUCUUUGACAACCUGUCCGCUGAUGACUUAAGUAAAGGGGGUGACAGAGGUUUUUCAAGGGAGCGAAGGACAACCUGGGCAGAAGAGAGACGGAUGAAUUCCGAGACAUUUGGCAUCCCCCUGAGGCACAAUCGAGGAAGAGGAGGGUUCCGCGGCCGGGGCUACAUGGGGCCCCGCGGAGGCAGAGGGCGCCCGCUGAGCAGAGGCUCCUUCGCGCCACCCCGAGGUCCUCCUCCUGGUUUCAGAGGAGGAUUCAGAGGCGGCAGAGGAGGCCGGGAUUUCUCUGAUUUUGAAUAUAGGAAGGACAACAAGGUGGCUGCAUAGUAACGCAGCGACGGCGCCUCAAAGAAUCGUAGCCCCUCAUCAUGAAAUGAUUCCUGUUGAAGAAAUUCUUCGGUCUCUACAUUUGACAGACAGAAUGAAGACAUCCUCUCAGUCACCAGCAGCGGGGCUGACUGCUUUACAUCAGGGGGGAGAGGGGGGGGUGAGAGUGCAGCUCCCUUUUCUCCACUUCUGAGAAUUAGGCUUUUUUUUUUUAUUUGUUGUUGAUUUUUUGUUUUGUUGUUGUAUUUCUUUUGGCCCAGACAUUUAGUUUGAUAAACAGCCACCAGAUGGACGAGAACAUGUGUAAUUACUGUACUUUAGAGCAAGUCUGUACUUUUGCAUCGAUCCAGUUCAUUUCUUACUAAAGUUGUCUUUGAUAUUGAAAACGCUGAAUGCAGAAAGGCCCAACGAUACUGUGAGUGGAUCAGGUCAUGAUGUGAUCGAUAGCUUUAUUUUCUUUUGGUUUCUUUUCUUUUUAAUCUCACCGAUGUGAGUCGGCACCCAAAUUCAGCACAUUGCCGGUUGCACCACAUUUGUCUCUGCUCAGACUUACUCAGCCUGGUCGCCACUCGUUCAGUAUUUUACCCAGAACGCAGGAAACUUUUUUGUUCUGGUCGUCCAUUCAUUCUCAAUGAAGUCGUGAGAUCGAAGCCAGCUUAAAGGAACAGAAUCCGACCUGAAUAUUGGAAUGAAUGAAUGAAUGUAUAUCUAGCUCAUCUUUAACCAGCCUCCCCCCCCAAAUUUUGGCUCGCCAGACAGACUCACUUGUAGUUUUUAGAAAAGGUUCAUUCAGUAUUUAGAAUUGCGUAGAUCAUACUUUGACAUAUUGUCGCUUCUGCUGAAUUAUGUUUCUGCUUUCCGUUUGUGGCUGGAACUUAACGCCUGUUUAAUAGUUGCAGCCAGUUGAAGGCGACCAAUAGGAGCCGGCCAUUUUGGUUACUAUUUGGGGUUCACAGCAUUAGCUUUAGAAUAAUGUUUUUUGUUGACUGUAGAUUUCUUGACGGCGUCUGUUCUCUUUUUUUUAUAUAGUUGACUAAAUAAACAGCAUUCCCAUGAUUCGUGUCCGUAACUAUUAUUGCCUUUAGAAGUUCUUAGGAAAGGAAAGCCUUCAGUGUAUUCAGUUUAAACCUGCAGCCAGAAAGACUUUGAAAAAGUUCAAUUUGGAUAAUAAAAAAUGAAAGAAGAACUGCUCCGCUAUUUUGCCAAAAAGAAUAUGUAAGCAUUUGGUCAAGAUAAAAUAAUUGUCAGCCUAUACAUACCUGUUUAAUCUGCCUUCCUGUGUCCAAAACAUACUGAGCCACCUGUUGAGGCAUGUUUUUGUUUUUCCCGUUCUCAGCAUAAGGGUUGGGCAAUUGGACGAAAUUGUCAUUUUAUUUUGAUAAUUGAAUGGCAAGCAUCCGCAACGAGGGUUGCUCAGCGGGCAGAGAGAAUGACCACACACACACACACACACACACACACACACACACACACACACACCUGAGCUGAUAACUGACAGUGGCCAGUUGGAUUAUUUCGAACAUGUCACCCAACCCUAAUCAGCAUCCUUUUUAAUUGUGUUACAUUUGCGUCUUCUGCAUCGUUUUUUUUCACUGCAAAACUGUGCUUGCAGUGUUGUUUACUGAAAAUGGGAAAAUCUUGUUUGUAGCUCCUCUUGUUGCAUUGUUGUCAAUGGAAUUUUUCUCUGGAGUGUUUUGUUUUUUUUUCUUCUCUUUAUACAGAGUUGUGAACAAAGGGACAUGACCCGGAUGUGGUGCCAGUGUGAUGAUUUUGGCUCAGAUUUGUUUUGUACUUUAGGGAGUGCCUUCAGAGUUAUCAUUUUUUUUUUUUUUUUUUUUUUUUUUUUAAAACAGCUCUCCCUUUAACUUAAAAGUCGACAAAAGUUUUGAUAGCACUACGAGGCGAGGCUGGAUUUUUCUAGGUAGCUGCGGCUGUUUAGAACAAAGCAGCCGGGUAAAAACUGUGCUGUUGAGCUGGAUAAUGCACAGGUUGCUGAUCACUGCAUGAUAAGCCGUAGAAAUCAUACCUUCACAUGGGCUUUUUCGCAAUAACUAGCGAGAUUGAAUUUGAGACAAAACAAAUGAAUGCUGGAUUAUUACAAACUGACAUGUUUUUCAUAUGUUUGUUACUCCUUCCAGUCACUGGAAUUGUUUUCAUGAGAACUGCAGCAAAAUUGAGUUUUUACGUAAAAUAAAGAGUUGUACAAUA